AUGCCACGAAAGCUGCGGGCUGCUGCCCAAGCGGCAGCAAAGUCCAUGAGAGAUGCGCCUCAGAACCCUGAUGCGUCUGACGAUGAGAUGCUAGAUGCACCCCCCUCAGUACCAUCAUCCCCUAUGCCAGACUACGAUGAUUCUCCCGAAGAUCAUGAUAUGCAACCCGCCGGAAGCGACGCUGAGCCCGAACCUGCACCUGCACCCGAAGUCGAGGUCGAAACUCCUGCUGAAGGAACUCCUGCUGAAGAGACCCCUGCUAAAGGAACCCCGGCUGAAUCCAAGGACGAUGAAGGAAUGAGCGUAGCAAAACCUGCGGCUGAAGAUACCCCUCAGAUUGCGGGCGCAGAUGAUACCCCAACUUUCACCGGUGGCCGUCAAUCCGCCAUUCCCCGCAAGCGUCGCAUUGGUCGGCCGCCGAAGAAUCGGCCGCCAGACUGGGAUGCGCCAGAUGGCCCCGAUACCCCACUUCGAGUUACAACUCCCGUGAAACGUCGCAGAGGUCGCCCUGCUGCUAGCGGUGGACGAUGGGCGCGAAACCGCGGGCCAUCUCAUCUAACCCAGGUUCCCGUCGACAAGGAAGGAAACAUGAUGGAUGUGAUCAAUGAUGAAGUGGCUGUCCCUCCCGACCCCAAGGGUUCCACCAAGGUCGAUGAAAAUGGCCAUCUGGCCGAUGGACGCGAGUACCGAGUCCGCACUUUCACCAUUCUCAACCGCGAUGACCGCUUAUACAUGCUGUCGACUGAACCGGCCCGAUGCAUUGGUUUCCGUGACUCGUACCUUUUCUUCCAAAAACACAAGAUGCUCUACAAGAUCAUCAUUGAUGACGACGCCAAGCGCGAUCUGAUUGAGCGCGAUCUCAUCCCCCACUCCUACAAGGGUCGAGCCAUUGGUGUGGUCACCGCACGCUCCGUGUUCCGCGAAUUCGGCGCCAAGAUUGUCGUCGGCGGCAAGAAGGUCAUCGAUGAUUACUAUGAGGACGCUGCCCGUGAACGUGGUGAUGUGGAGGGUGAGUUGGCUGUUCCGGAAGACAAGCUGCCCGGCCCUGGAGAGCCCUAUAACCGCAACCAGUAUGUGGCCUGGCAUGGCGCCAGUAGUGUUUACCAUACCGGUGCACCCUCAGUGCCUCUUGCUGGAGGAAAGCCCGUGGACUCCAAGAAGCGUCGGGUCCCUGUCACGGAUGACAACUGGAUGCUUGAGCAUGCACGUGCGGCAAGCACUUUCAACUCUAAGAUUGUUGAGAUUCGCCGUGGUACUAUGGGAGGUGUGUAUGAUGUUCACACCAACACCAUGCACUACCCCCAGAUCACGCAGCCCACCCAUGUCCGAUACGAACGCGUACCGCCAUCAGAGGCUGGCUCUACAGCAGAACUGAUGACCGACCUAUCAUCCCUGACCAUCGCAAGCAAACCCUCAGUCAAUCAGUCACUGACCAACGCGCCCAACGACCAAUCCGCCGAGGAACCAUCCUCAUCUUCCCUCAAACCUUCCAACUCCGAUAUCCAACAGGAUUCCACCGAGCAAUCUUCAAUCUUCCCACCUGUCAGCAAAUCUCUAUCUGACCGUCACGUCAUCCAAGACAUUAUCUAUGAAACCCCCUCCCACUCGAAUAUGGGACUCCCAGGUCCCGACGGAGAUAUGCACACCCUCACUUCGAACGGUCUAGUCAGCCUGGGUGGGCCGCUGCACCCAGAGUUCAUGAGUCCUGAAAUCAUCGCCAUGCUUCCCGAGGAAUGCAGAGAGGGCCUCCUGGAGCAUGCAGCUCAUGAGAUCGAGUGGAAGUCCAGGUGGUCGACUGAAGCUACCGACGGGGCGCGGGGAAAACCCACUAAGAGCUACGCGUGGUAUCCCUGA